AUGAAGGCAGGUGUGGGACUCUACUCUGCCCUGGUGCUCUGUCUCCUGAUGGGGGCAGUGUUCUCCCAGAGACCGAGACCUAAAAAACCUCCUAAGCCUCCUAAGGCCACCAAGCGACCCUCUUUCAAGCCUAGCCUGCCACCUGAUGAACUGGAACCCCAGGAGCCCACAGACUUCCCCCCUCCCAUCCUUGGCCCCCCCUCCAUGUUCCUUGACUGCCCCCGCGAGUGUUUCUGCCCCCCCUCCUUCCCCAACGCCCUAUAUUGUGAGAACCGGAACCUCCGUACGGUCCCUGUGAUCCCGUCGAGAGUCCACUACCUUUACCUGCAGAACAACUACAUCUCUGUGGUAACAGCGGAACCCUUCAACAACGCCACAGAGCUGCGAUGGGUUAACAUGGCCAACAAUCGCAUAAAAAAAGUAGACAAGCAGGUGUUUGAGAAGGUACCUGGUCUGUUGUUUCUCUACAUGGAGAGGAACCAGCUGAAGGAGGUUCCUGAUGACCUGCCAGCUGGGUUGGAGCAGCUCAUUCUCAGCCACAACCAGAUCUCCAAGAUCCCCUCUGGAGCCUUCGGCAAGAUGGAGCACCUCGCUCUGCUCGACCUGCACCACAACAAGUUGAGUGACAGUGACGUGGGGAAGAACACUUUUAAAGACAUGAAGAACCUGGUUCAGCUGAACUUGGCCCACAACAUCCUGAAGAAGAUGCCAGCUAACAUCCCCAACGGCAUCACACAACUAUUCCUGGACAGGAACAACAUCGAGGACAUCCCUAAGGACUACUUCCAAGGCUUCUCCAACCUGGCGUUUGUGAGGCUCAACUUCAACCAGCUAAGUGAUAAGGGAGUACCUAAGGCUGUGUUCAACGUUUCCACCCUGCUAGACCUUCACCUGGCCCACAACCAGCUCACCUCCGUCCCCCUGUUCAACCCCCAGCUGGAGCAACUCCACCUCAACCACAACAGCAUUGAGAGUAUUAACGGGACCCAGCUUUGUCCAUUCAGUCUGUCCUCUGAGAGUCUUACUGAUGAGGCUCUGAUGCCCAGACUCAGGUACCUGCGUCUGGAUGGGAACCACCUGAGCCCUCCUGUCCCUCUGGAUGUCAUCAUGUGUUUCAGACACCUCAAGUCCAUUGUCAUCUAGAGUCAGGCCUGGACAUCACAACAUCACACGCACACACACACACACAACAUUAGUAUUUUAGAUGGGUGAAAUGGUGCCAGAUAACCUGAAUAAAAUGCUAACUGUACGGCUUUGACAACUUCAGUAAUAUUUCACAGCUGAAAGAUUUUAAAGCGUUAAAACAAAUAUUUAUAAAACUAGGUCUUUGGUGCAUGGAUGUAUCUGCAGUUCCAGUAAGAUAGGAGUUGUUUUGUCUGUAAGUUGUAUUUCUAAUAUUAAGGUAAAUAAGUACCAUAGAAUAAUGGAACAAGUGGCAGAUGAAAAAUAAAGGUGCAUUGACUGACAUGCUACAAAUAUAGUGUAGUUACAAUUAGGGUAUGAUUACUCUUUGCACAUUAUGAAUGUACUGUAACACUACAUCUGGGGUAGGAAAGAAGCAUAAUAAUGGUUUACAAGGGCCAAUACACAGGUACGGCAUUUGGUGAAUGAAAAACAGGUUAAAAACGUGACUACCAUGUAGUUUAAAAUGUCCUUGGUGUAUCUGUGUUUUUGAGGU